AUGGACACCGACCACCACCGCUACGCGAGCCUCCGCUACUUCGACGCGAUCGUCGCCAAGCCCGCGCGGGUCACGCUCAACCAGAGCCGCGCAAUCCUCGAAGGUACGAUCGGCGGCGUGAACGGCCGUCAAAGCUUGGUCGGGCUCACGGACCUCCACACGCCGUUGGGUACGUACCCGCGCGCAGUCGUCAAGCUGAGCGACGUCGAGUACGUGGACGUGACGCUGUCGCUGGCCGAGGCCGCGCGCCUGCUAGCGAUCGAUCGAUGAGCCUCGAGUUGCGAGCCAUCUCUCAUCAUUAUUAUCUUGGUCUAUCUAUACAUUACAGGCGGGCUCGCGUCUUCUCUUCCU